AUGACUGAUAUAACGGACGAUAUUGCAGAGGAAAUCUCGUUCCAGGGCUUUGAGGAUGACUGCAGGUUACUUGGAAGCUUACUUAACGACGUCCUUCAGCGCGAAGUUGGGACUGAAUUCAUGGAAAAAGUCGAAAAAUAUCGAGUCCUUGCUCAGAGCGCUUGUAAUAUGAGGUUCUCGGGGAUCGAGGACACGGCUGAGUUGAUCGAGAAGCAACUGGCUUCAGAAUUAUCAAAAAUGACUCUCGAGGAAGCGCUGUCAUUGGCUAAGGCGUUCAGUCACUUCCUGAACCUGAUGGAAUAUAAACUCUUACUGAAUUUUGAUUGGUUGUUGCCACAGGAAGUUGAGAUUGUCCUUACUGCACACCCCACCCAAAUCAACCGACGUACCUUACAAUAUAAGCACCUUAGAAUUUCUCAUCUCCUGGAGUACAAAGAUCGUCAAGAUCUCAGCCAUGAAGACAGAGAAAUGUUGAUCGAAGAUUUAGUGAGGGAGAUUACUGCGAUAUGGCAGACAGAUGAGCUGAGGCGCCACAAGCCUACACCCGUAGAUGAAGCUAGGGCUGGCUUACAUAUAGUGGAACAAUCCCUUUGGAAAGCUGUACCUCAUUAUUUGCGACGUCUCAGCAAUGCACUGAAGAAGCAUACAGGAAAACCACUUCCAUUGACUUGCACACCAAUAAAGUUUGGCUCUUGGAUGGGAGGUGAUCGAGAUGGAAACCCGAAUGUAACAGCAAAGGUGACGAGAGAUGUGUCUCUAUUGUCUCAAUGGAUGGCAAUUGAUCUCUACAUUCGGGAGAUUGAUAGUCUUAGGUUUGAGCUUUCCAUGAAUAGGUGUAGUGAGAAAUUGUCAAGACUGGCAGAUGAGAUCCUUCAGAAAGAAAUUGCAACAGAGGAUCGGAAUGAGAGUUGGAACCAACCACCAAACAGAAGUCAGUUCAAGAAUCACAACCAGCUAGCUCCAACUUUUCCCACACAACUUCCAGUUGGAGCGGAUCUGCCCUCUUGCACUGAAUGCAGUGAUGGUGACUCCCAAUAUCCCAGUUUGGAGAUUCCUGGCAUUCCUGGCGCUAAUUUCAAGCCAUUGAAACGUCACGAUGGUCAAGCUUGUUCUAGUUCAAACUCUUCAUCAACUCAAAAUUCGCAUAGUACAAUUGAAGAUGGAAGUGUAGCUUCAGGCAGCAAUGUUGUGGCACCUCCUACUAGGAAUCUUCAGCCAUCUAUGAUGCAAAGGAGUGCUUCAUUCAACUCUAGUCAACUCAUUCCUAAGAGGAAACUAUUUGCAGAGUCUCAAACAGGCAGGUCCAGCUUCCAGAGGCUUCUAGAUCCAGGUCUAAAUCAACGUCCCGGAAUAGCGCCUUAUAGAGUUAUUCUUGGGGAUGUAAAAGAGAAGCUUAUGAAAACAAGAAGGCGGCUGAAGCUUCUCCUUGAGGAUCUUCCCUGUUACCAUGAUCACUGGGAUUACUAUGAAACAAAGGAUCAAUUUUUGGAACCACUACUUCUAUGCUAUAAUUCCCUGCAAUCAUGUGGUUCUGGGAUCCUUGCUGAUGGGCGGCUUGCAGACUUGAUCCGAAGGGUUUCUACCUUUGGGAUGGUAUUAAUGAAGCUUGAUUUGCGCCAGGAAUCUGGAAGACAUGCUGAGGCUUUGGAUGCAAUUACUACAUACUUGGAUAUGGGUGUAUAUAGUGAGUGGGAUGAAGAAAGGAAACUUGAUUUUCUAACUAAGGAGCUGAAGGGAAGGAGACCUCUUGUUCCACCAAGUAUAGAGGUUCCUCCUGAUGUGAAAGAAGUAUUGGACACCUUCCGUGUUGCUGCUGAACUAGGGAGCGAUUCUUUUGGAGCAUAUGUGAUUUCCAUGGCCUCUAAUGCGAGUGAUGUCCUUGCUGUGGAGCUCUUCCAGAAAGAUGCUCGACUUGCCCUUAGUGGGGAGCUUGGGAGACCAUGCCCUGGUGGAACGUUGCGAGUUGUCCCUCUAUUUGAAACUGUAAAGGACUUGAGAGGAGCUGGUUCAGUGAUAAGGAAGUUGUUAUCCAUUGAUUGGUACCGGGAUCAUGUAAUAAAAAACCAUAAUGGACACCAAGAGGUCAUGGUUGGGUACUCAGAUUCAGGUAAAGAUGCUGGCCGCUUUACUGCUGCUUGGGAACUGUACAAAGCUCAAGAGGAUGUCGUAGCUGCCUGCAAUGAGUAUGGAAUUAAAGUUACAUUGUUCCAUGGGCGUGGUGGGAGUAUUGGUCGUGGUGGUGGCCCUACCUAUCUUGCCAUACAAUCCCAGCCUCCUGGUUCUGUGAUGGGAACACUUCGCUCAACAGAACAAGGUGAGAUGGUGCAAGCUAAGUUUGGGAUGUCCCAGACAGCAGUGAGACAGCUGGAGAUCUAUACCACAGCUGUACUACUUGCCACACUUCGCCCCCCACUUCCGCCUAGAGAAGAAAAAUGGCGUAAUCUUAUGGAGGAGAUCUCCAAAAUAAGUUGCCAACAUUACCGAAGCAUUGUGUAUGAAAAUCCAGAGUUCCUUUCCUAUUUCCAAGAGGCUACUCCACAGGCUGAGCUUGGUUUCCUUAACAUAGGAAGCCGGCCUACAAGGAGAAAGAGCUCAACUGGAAUUGGACAUCUCCGUGCCAUACCUUGGGUGUUUGCAUGGACCCAAACACGCAUUGUGCUUCCUGCUUGGCUUGGGGUUGGUGCUGGCCUCAAGGGUGCUUGUGAGAAGGGAUAUAAGGAGGACUUGAAAGCAAUGUACAAAGAAUGGCCUUUCUUUCAAUCUACCAUAGACCUCAUAGAAAUGAUAUUGGCAAAGGCUGACAUUCCUAUAGCCAAGCACUAUGAUGAAGUUCUUGUGUCAGAGAACAGGAGGCAACUUGGUGCAGAGCUAAGGGGGGAUCUCUUGGAAACAGAGAAGCAUGUAUUGGUUGUUAGUGGUCAUGGGAAGCUGUCUGAUAAUAACCGGAGCUUGAAACGGCUGAUCGAGAGUAGGCUCCCAUAUCUCAACCCAAUCAAUAUGUUACAGGUAGAGAUAUUGAGGCGGCUGCGACAUGAUGAUGAUAACAAUAAACUAAGAGACGCAUUGCUCAUCACCAUCAAUGGGAUAGCUGCUGGAAUGAGAAACACAGGUUAAGUGUGUAAACAGAGGUUGAAUUCUUUGAUCAACCUCUUAUCAAGUGAAAAAUAAACUUGUGUUUUGUUUUUCUCUUUCUCAUUCCAGUGAGAUUUGUAUUUGGCAUAUGACAUCUCAUUGUUGGAAAGUGGAUAAAUCAUGGAGGAAAAAAAAUUCAUAUAAUUACUGUGAUU